UCCCGCAAUGUCAAUAAAACAACAACAUGCAUAUCAGCUGACUUUCUCCGUUUCCCAAAUGGCGCGCUUGUGAGUUCAUAUUUCGGUAAGGAAAUUUACGGAUACGUCGUGACGACAGGAGCAGGAGUGACAGUUGUGUGUAAAGCGGGGGAUAUAAAGUACUUGCAUAACGCCGUCACGUUUCGCCUGAUCCGCUCCAGAGCGGUUGUGGACGCUUAUCGUCCGCUAAAGUCCGAGCCAAGAGAUAAGGUACAAGGUGUCAACCUGGAAUCCAAAUGAGUACUGGCAGUCCGGGGUACCGAUACCAUGACCAACCAGCAUCGUCAUCACGGUUUUCUAUAACUAACAACUUAAUCAGGCAACGUAGUCAGAGGAUGAAGUGCAUUACUGUCAGUUUGCUGGGAUUUGCUAUCUUCAGCAUUCUCUUUGCAUAUGUAGCAUUUGGAGAAAAUGACACGGAUGCUAGGCCUGCCAUAAAAGUAGCAUAUGUGAUUUUCAGACAUGGGGACAGAAAUCCCACUGAGUCUUAUCCAACAGACCCUUAUAAUGAUCUAAAAUACUGGCCAGGAGGAUGGGGCGCACUCACUAAUAAAGGGAAACUUCAGAUGUACAAUCUAGGAGCUUUCUUAAGGGCCAGGUAUAAAGACGUACUUGGCGAAGUCUAUUCCUCUGACCGUCUCCUAGUCAGGAGCAGUUACAAUGACCGCUGCUUAAUGAGUGCAGGGGCACUACUUGCUGGUUUACAGCCACCUUCAGUAUCUGAAAUAUGGCUUCCAGGAUUAAAUUGGCAUCCAAUCCCAGUUCAUUCCACGCCUCGGUCUCUUGAUCAGCUGAUAGUGGUUAAAAAGAAGUGCCCUAGUUAUGAGAAGGAACUACAGAAUGCUUACAAAUCAGAGAAAAUGAGAAAAUUUGAUUCUGAAAAUGCCAAUCUGUAUCAAUAUAUUUCUACUCAUUCUGGCCAGAACAUAUCAUCUGUUUUGGACGUGGAAUUUCUAUUUAAUACCAUUGAAAUAGAGGAAGCUAAUGGGCAUCAACUUCCUCAAUGGACUAAAAAUGUUUACCCGCAGCCAAUGAAAAAUAUUGCCACCAGGUCAUUAGGAGUGUUCACUGACACAUUAGAGAUGAAACGCUUCAUGGGAGGCCCUCUACUUGAUGAUGUGAAGGUGAAAAUGCAGAAUAAUCACAAUCAAGCUGAACAAAAACCACAAGUAUUUCUCAUAGCUGGACAUGACACAACAGUAAUCAACGUAAUGAGGUCACUUGGCUUUAAUGAUGCACCAAAACCAGAAAUCGGAGCUGCUUUAUUGUUUGAGCUGCACGCUGGACCAUCAGGACUUGGAGAAAGUACUGACUAUGUUAAGAUAUUUUAUAUGAAUUCAAGUUCAACCACUGAUCCAGUCAACUUAAAACUCCCAGGGUGCAAUGAGCCAUGCUCAUUGAAUGACUUUACUAAUGCAUUAACAUCCAUAGCCGUCACUCCCUCAGAAUGGGAAGCCAAAUGCAAUGAGUAACAAUGAAUCUAUUUUAUAUCCUUGCUUAAGACAUUGUGAAAGAAAUGGGUCAUACUGUUAUGGUCAUAUUUUUUCACGUCUCCUUCUGUGUUUUGUAUUAUUUUGAGUUGUGUACCUGUAGUUUUUGAAAAUCUUAUCUUUUUUGUUUGUAAAUAUGUAUGCUGGUUUUAGAAAUGAAUGACUGACCAUACGUG